UUCAUGAUGCUUUCGGCGCUGCAGAGAUUGGACAAAUACACCAUUUCCCUCAUAUGCGGAUACGCUACCCCGCAAACACAAGCCACCCUCGCUCGGACUUGUCGCUUCUUCAGCGAAUCGGCUCUGAAUGCGCUCUGGAAAGAGCGAUCACUACCCAACUUGUUUCUCAGUGUCCUGCCCCAUAACACAGUACGGCUCACCGAGAAGGAUGGGUAUCUGGUUAUGGAGCUGAAUCCCGAUCGGAAUGUCCCUGACGAUGACCAGUGGUGCAGGGUGGCCAUGUACGGUGUUCGCAUCAAGUCAACAGCAACUAGCGGUGAAGGACCCGAUGCGCUUGCUGUCCACUUUUCCGAGGACAUUCUGUCUCUUUGGUCGUCAUACACCCAGCGCAGAGGAAUGAGUCGCGCCUUCUGUCCUCGUGCGACCGAACUACACUGGAAUAUCCGGGACCCUCAGUCGAUGGGACGAGAAACUCCAUUCAUCCUGUCCAAUGUCCUUGUACGUCUUACGGUCAGCGACCAUGUCCCUGCACAUCUGCGCUCCGCGUUCGUCGCGACACUUCCAGCUCUGGCGAUACCUACACUUAAGAGACUCUCGAUCAAGAAUAACAACCGCGACGAAGCAAUUCAACUGGACCCAGCUGUAUCGUCCUUGGUCCGCUCAUGCCCGGCCCUUGAAAGGGUUUCUCUGCAUCAUGCUUCGGGAGCAUGCAUGCAUGCACUCUCCGAGCUGACUGCUCUGCGCUCAGUAGAGGUUUCGACCUUGAUGAACAUUUCAUGCAGGGCUGAUGGAGGCCCCUACUUCCCUGCACUCAUAGACUUCUCUGGCAUGGCGAACCUUCGCGACGUUCUACCGCUUAUAGGGAUGCUCAAACAUGCUCAGAGCCUUCAAAAACUGAACAUUUUCUAUCUUAUGUUAUCGGAGGGGCACCCUGAGCGAUACUUCUCACUGCUCGUUGCUGCGGUCGUACGUGGUUGUGGUGCCAAACAGCUGUCUAACCUGUCUUUGGGGGACUAUACUCCUCAAGACAACCUAUACAGCCUCGCUCUCAACCAUAUACGUCCUCUUCUGGUCUUCAGUCGUCUAGAGACGCUGUUCUUGACUUGGCCUGGAUAUGCGGAUUUCAGCGAUUACCAGAUGCAUACUAUCGCCAAGGCCCUGCCCUUGCUCAAGUCCUUAAGAAUGAUACCCCGCGUAGGGAUGACCCCGAACGACCAAUCGACCGCCGAGUCUUUGACCCCUCCCGCUAUUCGCAUCACCCCAGAAUCCUUGCUAUCCCUUGCCUCCCAUUGUCCACGGCUAGAGCACCUCGCCAUGCCGCUGAAUGCAUCGCCGCUUCUCACUUCCCUCGAAGCUCACCCUGGUAGGGGCAUCGUGCAAGGACGUCUGCGCAACUUGUCUCUAGUGGGACCCGAUGGCGAUGCACUGUCGCAACCACCGACUAUGGUCUCCCUCGCCCUGUUCCUGUCCGACGUCUUCCCAAACUUGCGAUUGAUACAAGCGCAGAACGCACCUUCUUCUUUCGCGUCAAGUAUUUCGGGGAUGUUACAUGUGAUGGCACUUGUGCGCGAUAGGGAGAGGAGAGGACAACUGCAUGUUAUGCACUUUAUAUGAGGGGUAAAUGUCGUUAUAUAUUCCUCGUACAACGAGCGAUGUAGUAUGCUACUCGACUCGUAUCAUGGCUAUUCCAACCCGGUCAUCGAGAUCGAAUCGCGCAAAGUUCAACUUCAACAUGAUCCAGCGAGCGCACAUGACCGCAUGACUGUCCAAGCAGGAGAUCCGAUUUUGGGUCGAGGGUUGACGUUGGGUGAUCGCUCGAACGCUUC